AUGACCUAUUUUGUAUCCACAGCUGCUAAACCCGCGUGCCAGCCUCUAGCAGACGUCAUAUACAUCCUCGACUCGUCUGGUUCAAUUGGUCCCCUCAACUACCAGAAACAGAUCAACUUUACCACAGACCUGGCCUCCAACUUCAUCAUUGGGAACAACGACGUCCUGUUUGGUGCUGUCAUCUUUAGUCACGUGGCACAGAAGUGGUUUGACCUGAAGGACAACCCCACACGUGCGUCAUUGGCCCUGGCGCUCAGGAACACGCCCUACCUGAACUCGACCACAAAGACUGACCAGGCACUGGACCUGGUAGAGACGGCUGGAAUGUUCCGUAGAGAGGCUGGAGCAAGAGACGGUUCUACCAAGUUGCUGAUUGUAAUCACUGAUGGCCUCUCUGACAACCCAGCACUCACCUCGGCAGCUGCUGACCGCAUCAAGGCCAAGGCCAUUGAGAUCAUAACUGUAGGCAUCGGCAAGGCGCAGGACAGUGAGCUCCAGGCCAUCGCUAGCAGCAGGGAGAACGUCUUCAGGGCCAGCAGCUUUGAUGCCCUCAAGCAGAUCGUCUCCCAGGUCAUCAGCCGCGCAUGCGCCACGGCCCAGGGCCUAGACUGUGACUAGAGCAUGUAGCAACACCGACACAAAAUGCCACAGAUCACCUGAUCUUCAAAUGAUGUAGAUGUGUCUAGCACUAAUUUACCUCAAUAAAUAUUUGCAUUUACCC